AUGACUUCCAUCCGGCUGAGGAAAUUUGUUGACCAGCGCCCAAUGACCUUACCAAGUUUAUUUAUUCCUCAUCAAGGAAAGGACAUCAAAGGCUACCUCCCUGGACAGCUGGCAAGAUUUCAUCUUGAUUAUAGCAGACAGGAAUCUCCCAGAUAUCACGGAAACUUGUCAAUUCCAGCCCCAAGAACUACUCAGUAUCAACCUGAAUUUGACCAACAAACUCUCAUUCGAUAUAUUAUCUUCCAAAGACAUUCGAAGCCUGUCGAACCAUGGUAUAGAGAAACGUCUUACCAAAGAGACUAUUCCCUGCCAUUUUAUUCAUUUGGAGGUUACAUGGGAAAUGAAAAAACAUAUAAGGACUUUACAAGAAAGAUAUUACAACUAAUUCCACAGUCUCUCACUCUGUCUGCAAGAUUGUUGGUACUUCUGACAGUACAACUAGAUUUAAGCAGUAGAGAUAUCACGUUGGGAUCUACAGACAAUAGAAAAUAUGAUCAUGAAAGUGCAGACUAUGAAGCAUCAGCUGAGAAAUAUAGCUGGGUAAUCCCUUAG